UCAAGGCUGCCGUUGUGCUUCGCGAUAGGUUCACUGACGUCACCAAGCUACCGACAUACAGCGUUGGCGACAGCGGAGGCUUUAUGUUUUCUAUGCGCAAGAGUUUCCAGGAAAUGGGACGGUGCCGUGCGAGUUGAAUUCGUUGCCACUGCUGCGUUUUGCGGCACUGUGCUCGAUUGCUCCGCUUCGUACUUCUUUAGUUAGCUCUUUCGACGAGUUCGGCUGGUUCACUUCUUCCAGAGCCUUGCACGAGUUGAGAUGCCAUCAGCGUUAUUAUUGCUACGGUCGGCGCUGCGGCGCAGCUCGGUGCCCGGGCUUCGGCUGGCUGCGAGCCCCGCGCCCUUGCCUCGGCUUCGGCGGGUGACGUGGCUGCUGCUGUGGCUGUCGCUCGGGGCGCUCAUGACGCAGGACCUGAGCGCCGUCGUGACCGACUACCUGCGCUUCGACGACAUCGUGACGGUGUCGGUGCGCGAGCCGGAGCGACCCACCUUCCCCGCCGUCACCGUGUGCAACACGAACCGGCUGCGCCGGUCGAACCUUUGCGUUCGCCAGCUGCGGUCACGGUACGCGGCCGACGCGCCGUUGCUUCGCUGGAGACGCCUUCUCUGCAACUCCACUACUUACCCGAACAUCGCGCUGAGCAAGGAGGAACUGGAAGUGCAGCGAGAGCUGGCCGAAUGGACCCGGGCAGUGUUCCGCAACGCCCAAUAUGCGGACCUUCACCUGGGACACCAAGUGGACAACGUGCUGCGACACUGCGACUUCAACGGCCACGACUGCAAGGCCAUCGAGUACGCCCCCGCACGGCCGCUUCGCCGCCCACGCGUGCGACGGCGACAACUCGCGGGAGUCAACGGGCAGCUCGAUCCUCGAACGAAUCUAUCCGAGGACAGGCUUUCCUAUAUAUAACGGCGAGGGGAAUGUUAGCGCGUGCCCGGUGCGGCAGUUUAUCACGGUACACUGUUCGACGGAUACCCGAUGUGGCGAGGUAGGA